AUGAUUCCAACAACAAACAACACCAAUGAUCAUCAUCAUCACAUUAUGGAAGACUCCCAAGUAUCCUCACCUCCAUCAUCAUCAGCAGCAGCAGCAGUGGUGAGUGAGGAUGCGAUGCAAGAUUCUCAAGUGGAUGAAUCUUUAUCCACCACCACUCUGACCACCACCACUCGUACCACCACCACCUCUUCUUCUUCUUCUAAUAACAAUCAUAACAACACUCCUCCUCUUCCAAUUUCACCUUCACUCGUGGGUUGGACUGAACCCUCCACACUUCAAGAAAAGAGAUCUCUCUAUGCAUGUGGCAAUGAUUUUGUCACUUUGGAUCAAUUAGAGUUAUAUCCAUCGUAUGCUGAAAAGAAUCGACUUGAACAACCAUCGAUUGAAGGUAUUAAAAAAGUAUUCUCUUCCUAUCUCAGAAAUAGAGAAUAUCCAAUAUUAUCUCAAUUCAAUCCUGAACAUGAUGCCAUCAAGAAGGGUUAUUAUGACUAUAAUGAAGCAAUUAAUAAGAAGAUUUCUUUUUUUAGAGGUGAUGUCUCUCAAUUGGAAAUUGAUGCUGUGGUGAAUGCUGCCAAUGAAUCCUUGUUGGGUGGAGGUGGUAUUGAUGGAGCCAUUCAUAGAGCUGCUGGUGGUAUCUUGAGAAAAUACAAUGCUCUUCUUAAUGGAUGUGAUACUGGAUGUACAAAGAUUUCACCUGGAUUUAAAUUACCAGCAAAAUACAUUCUUCAUACAGUGGGUCCAGUUGGAGAGAAUCCUCAAAAACUCACCAGUGCUUACACCACAUGUCUUGAAUUAGUUGAACAAUACAAUAUUAAGAGUGUUGCCUUUUGUGGAAUUUCUACAGGAAUAUUUGGUUAUCCAUUAGAUAAGGCCACAUUCAUUGCCAUGCACACUGUACGUCAAUGGAUGGAAAUUCAUCAUGAAAAGGUAGAUCGAAUUAUUUUCAUCACUUUUUUGAAGAAGGAAGUUGACAUGUACAACACUGUUGCUCCUUAUUUCUUUCCUUUUAAACCUUUACAAGAGAAAUAA